AGCGAAGAGAAACACGUCCGACACUUGUGCUCGCGCCCGCCGUCGAGGAGGAUUUGUGGGUUCUGUUCUGUGUUCUGGCUAUCGCAGAAAAAAAUCCCACACACGCACAGGCUCGUUUGUGUAUGUGUUUGUGCUGCAGUGGAAAUGAAACGGCAAUAAUGUGUGGUCGCCGCGGAGCCCAAAAUAUGGCAGCAACCGAAAUGUGAAUCCGGAGAUUGUGGAAUACGUUUUUCCGCCAUCCCAGAGUGCCUCAAAUGAAAACUGCAGUUUCCGUGUAGUAAAACGAAUCGGAACUGAACCGAUCGGGUCGAAUCCAAUCGGUUUGGAAAUCUCAAUCGGAAUUGGGGGUCGAAAUUUAGGCGCUAGCAAAACAGUGAAAAAAUAGAGAUAUACGAAUACAAAUACGGGUAUAUUUUAGUGGCUGUGGCAAGGCAGAAAUUCGUAUGUACUCGUUGCUCCUAAAUACAUACAGACACAGCGCCCGCGCCCGCGCCCGUGCCCCUGCCCGUGUCCCCUCCUUGCCCACUCACACCCCUGCUCCAUCGAAUACCCUUCCCACCCAGACCCCUCCAUUAACCAACAACCAACGCUGUCAAAACCAAAGCACACUGCAUGUGUGUGUGUGUGUGUGAGAGAGAGUGAGUGAAAAUAUUAACGGAAGCGCACAACACAAAAAAAGGAGAUAAAUAGUGAGAUAGAGAGAAGGGGGUGGAAAGGAGAGAGAUAGUGGCUAACUGUUAACAAAACAACAACACCAGCUGAUUUUGUGAUAAAGCAACGAUCCAAGAUCCCCCCAAAAAUACCCGCCACAACGACAGCACAACGUUCUGUUGAUAGUGCAGUACGGUACAAGUUGCAGCUGUUGCAACAACAACAACAAAAAUAGGAACAACAAUCAGAGACAGCAGGCGAGACCCCCGCAAGGAAAGAGAGACACACAGAGGGAGAGAAUCACGCAUACGCCCCAUCAGCCCGACCUCCGUCGCCGCCAAUCGAAUCCCACAAAAGCGUUCCCACACACACACAGACAGACGCACACGGGAGUGAGUCCGCCGUGUAAUGACUAGCAAAAGAAAUAAAUAAAAUUUAACCAAAAAAUAGAGAGAGAGCAAGAGCGGGAGAGAGCCAGCUCCAGCUGCUCAUAAAUUUCGUAACGCUUUUGGGUGUAAAUGUGCCCCUUGGUUCAGGGCAGGUUCACUGCGUGCAGUGAUUGAGUCGUUUGUAAUUUGUAUGCCGUAAAUACAACAAAAUAUGUAAAUGCUAAGGGCGCCCACCCACCCAACACCACCCAAAGCCAGACAGCCAGCCAGUCCAGCUAGCCAGCCAUCCCACGCACAAAGGAACGGAGCAGAGCAGGAGGGUGGAGCAGCAGGUGAAGGAGGGUCAACCUAUUUAGGAAUGCGAAUGAAUUUGGCGGUCAAAAUUCCAUAAAAGAGACAAAAGAAUCCCCAAGUAAGCCGAAGAUCAAGCCAAAAAAAUAUUUGCUGCUCCUCAAGGCAUGUAAAAUCACAAGUGGAAGGAAAGUUGAAGGAGCGGUAACAGUUACGAUUGCCAUACAAGAAGCAGAGAGCGCCAGCUAAAGGAAAUCGAACGAUAACGGGAAAGAGAGAAACCAGUAGAAGAGCUGGAGCACACUCGAUAAAAAAUUAUUAGCAAAAACAUAAAUACGUAACGGUUUCGGCUCUCCACCACAUUGCCAUCGCUGCCUGCCCAAAGAGUGCGAGUGAGCGGGAGGAAGGAAGAGAGCAUAGAAUUGAGAGAGCAAGAGAGCAGUAGCGAGCGAGAGAACAAGGGAGCCAGUGAGUGGGUAGGUCAGUGGCAGUGGGCGGUCUGCCAGCUGUGGCAGCCACAACACCAACGCCAGCGCUAGAGUCAACUUCAAAUUUAAAAGGGCAGCAAAGGGCCAAAUGUCCUGUACCAUUUCGGAGCUGCCUAGUGGGUGUCGACUGCGCGGCGGAAUGACUGCAUCCACACCACAGAGCGCUGCUAACAAUGGCGCCAAUGGCGGGGGCAAUGGCAACGGAAACAACGGUAACGGUAACGGGAAUGGGAAUGGCAACGGCAACGGAGGAGGGGGCAGCGAAAGUGCCGUUUCCGUGUCCGUGUCAGUUGGGGGCGGCGGCGUCACGGCAGCCAGUGCCACCUCGAAUGUGCUGCAAGAGUCGAAUGCGGCAACGUUGCAGCGGCCGCAGUCGCAGAAGCCAUGCUGCUUCUGCUGGUGUUGCUGCUGUUCCUGCUCCUGGGGAAAAUGUCUGGCCAUCAAGAAUGCCGAUGAAAAUGCGCCCACAAAGCGUGAUCUCGCUAAUUCCGAAUUCCUAGACGGCGAACAACCCACAUUGGAGGAAAUCCGUAGCUGGGGCAAGAGCUUUGACAAGCUGAUGAAGAGCUCAGCUGGUCGAAAGGUAUUCCAGAACUUCCUGCGCAGCGAAUUCAGUGAGGAGAACAUAUUGUUCUGGCUGGCCGUCGAGGACCUCAAGAUGGAGAACAGCGCCGAGGUGGUCGAAGAGAAGGCGCGCCUGAUAUACGAGGACUACAUCUCGAUCCUGUCGCCGAGGGAGGUGUCGUUGGAUUCGCGGGUGCGCGAGAUCGUCAACCGUAACAUGAUCGAGCCCACGACGCACACCUUCGACGAAGCUCAAAUACAGAUCUACACUUUAAUGCACAGAGACUCAUAUCAGAGAUUCCUAAACUCUCAAAAGUUCAAGACACUCGCUCAAAUGCAAGACAAUUCGAAUGCCGGCUCUAAGGCGGAAAGUCCCACUUAGAUCGCAUCGGAUCGUUGUCAGUUCUGCGCUGUGUUGAUUUCUGUGGUUGCUCUGCAUUAGUAUUUCCAUUAGUUUGGGGUCAGUCAUAAAAUCCCUGUAAUACCCCCCGUGGUUGCCUGCCAGCCCUCUGCCACUGCCACUGCCGCUGCUGCAAUCCCCUAAGCAAUAUGUAUCCUUUAAUAGAACCAUUUAACCAUUUUGCGUGCAGCCCCCGCAGGUGAGACCAGGGCAGUGGGCGAGGCAUAUUCCCGGGGCCCGAACAAAGGCAAAACCAAAACCAAAACUAAAACAAAAACUUAGACGAUAUGCAUAAAACGUGAAACGGAUUCCUUCUCUACCUAUGUUCUAGUCGUUAACAAACCAAAGAGUUAGGAGCUAAAUUAAUUGUUUAAUCUUAGAGUGUGUAACGGAUGGGGAUCGGGAAACGGAUCUCCGUGACGUAGCAUUUUCAAGGCGGUUCCGGAAGCGAGCGAGGGAAACAGCAACUAGUGUAAUAUUAGUGAUCUAAGAGACGUAUUAAUCAAAUUGCAUCAGAGAUAACGGAACCGACAACAGUACAGUUCGAAUGCGAGAGUACAUUCAACGUAAACCGUAAACCGUAAACCGUAAACCGUAAACCGUAAACCUUAAACCGUAAACAAAAAUACUUUUUCCAGAAAAACCAAAACCAAAAGAAACUUUUUAAACGUAUUACAUAACUUUAUAUUAAUAUAUACAUAUAUACACGCAUAUAUAGUACUUAUAUACAAAACCAUUUAACUUAAUUAGUUUUGAAAACGAUUAGGUCAUAUAUGCCUACAUAUGUCUGUAUAUAUAUAAAUACUAGCCCUAUUAUUUAUAUGCAUACAUAUGUACAUAUAUGAGUGACGACAUCGAAGCAUUUUUGUAAAUACCACAACAGACAGCAGCACUCUCUCUAUAUAUUUGUAUAUGUAUCCUGUAUCCUGUACCCUGUACCCUGUACCGAUCAAGACAAUGCAACCAACACAACUCCCACUAUAAUGCCUGAUCUUCCGAUUGAGGUCCGAUCUAGUUGUUCCCAAUCACCUCUUCGAAGGCAAACUAAGGCAAACGCAUAGCUAACAACACAAUAUUUAUGGUUUCGAUUCGCAUUGAUUUCAAAAUCGAAAGAAAACGUUUUGCAAUAUCACUGCCAACAAAAAACAGGAAAAGGAAGAACACACAAAAAACUGCAAGAGAUUUAUCAGGCUAUACUCUUCUAUGGAUCUAUAUAUGCGUUUACUUUCACCCACACAGCUGGGCUUUCAAUAAUAUCCCCCAGCCCUACACCCUACAUUGAUUUCUGCAUUCAGAAAAAACCUUCAACAAAUUAUUCAACAAAAAAAAACACAGUAUUAUAAAUAAAAAGAAACAAUAAAAACUUAAAUUUUUAGCAAAAACAAAUUGUCCAAGUGAAAGAAAAACUGAAGACAAUUCAAGAGAAAACACGGAACAAAGAGAGGAGGGUGCGACAGAUCCUCAGAACAAAUUCAGAAGAGUCUCGAGGCAAUUUCGCAUCCUGCAAGGAGAACCGUAGGCAAACAGUUAACAUUGUAUUUUCGCUAUAAGUUGGAUUUUAUUUAAAUUAAUUGUCUUUAAGUGGCUUUAUCUGAGGCACAAAAUGCAUAAAUGAUGUACCUUUGUUACGGGAGGGAGGAGAAGAGAAUGUUUUUAGUAGCUAGUUGGUGUGCCUAGUUUUAAUGCUUCUAUCUACACGGAGAUCACACGAGAACAAGAACAUGAAACAUUGAAUAUUUUACUAGCAUUUAAGCGUCUUCCAGGUGCCCCCAGUCCUAGUUUUAGUUUGCUUUGGUUGGACUAUUACUAUUGUCCCAGUUCCAGUCGAUCUUUCUGUUUUCAGUUCUGCAUCUAGAGAUACAUAUAUCACCACCUAAUUCAAUGCUGGCUCUACAUGUUCUAUAUCCGAUCUGCAUUCAGUUGUAGCUCUAGUAAACAGGACUUUUUUAGCAUUUCUAUUCACAAAUCUACUACCGAUUCUAAUAAUUCAGACUGUCAUCCACAGCUUCGGUUUUAGUUCAUGUUCUGUUGUCAUUUAUAGUCAUAUGUAAAUGAUGUGAUUCUGUGCAACUCCGAAGCCAGUUCCUGCCACCACAGUUUCCUUUUAAUUAAUCACUCAGGCUGCUACUUGGAAUUGAGAAUCCGACAAUCGCUGUUUCCCUAUGCAUUACAAGUAUAUAGAUGGACCGUUCUAUCAGCCAUUUUCCAUGGUUUGUUAAAUUAAUUUUAGGCAAUUCGGGUAGAACUAGUUCCAGGACAAAGCGAAACAGCACCCGGAGGAGCGUUUGCUAAUGAUUGUUUCUCUUCGGUUUCUUGCUUUGCAGAAUGCAGACAAAUAUAAGACUUUUUGAACAAAAUCAGAGUAUAAGUACGUUAAAUACGACUGUUGUUUGUUUAGUUUUAUACACGCACACACACACACACACACAUGCAUAUAUAUGUAUGCUACAUAGCGGCAUACAUAUGUAUAUACAUUUUGAAACACAAAAGAAGAAGGCAAAACGUAAUCAAGCAUUAGUGAAAAGUUUCGACCAGUUAAAUAAAAACAAAAAAUUAAAUUUAUUACACCAAAAAAC